AUGACGUCGAACAAUUCUAAUGAUGAUGAUGUUCCUAUUCUUGAUGUAACAUCAGACAAUGAUCAAACUCCAUUAUUAAAUGACAAUCCUAUAUUAUCAACACCUAAUGUUGAUACUAUUCUUGUUCCAUCGAUUUCACGUUAUCGUUUAACGAAUAUUAUUCGUAUUCUUCUUUUCGUUGAAUUUGUUACAAUACUUAUCAUUUGGUUAGUUGGUACUUCAACACAUUCACUUAUUGAUGAUAUAAUACAUUAUCGUUUAACAACAUCUGUAUUUGAUCUUGUUGCGAUAUCAAUCUCGAAAUUUAUUUUAUUAAUUAUUUUUCUAACAGAAUUAGAAACAUUUAUUAUUGCUCGUUUAUAUCAACCAAAUUCUCGUCCAUUAUUUAUAUUUAUUCGUUAUUUUUAUAUAGUUUCAUUGAUUUUCUUAUCAAUUUGUUCAUUAGCAUUUGCCAUAAUUAAAUUAAUAUUUGUUUUACGUGCAUUUCAUUUAAGUAAACUUUAUUUAUCAACUGUUUAUAUAUUUCUUGUAUUUUCCUCCAUUGAAUUUAUUGGUAUGAUUUUAAUGAUACCAUAUUUAUCACGAGUUAAAUUACUUGAACAACCACGAUCAACAAAAAAAAAAGUUGAUUUAAAACGAUUAUUUUCAUUAUCAAAAUCUGAACGUCCAUUUCUUAUUACUGGAACAUUAUUUUUAUUCAUAUCAAGUGGAACACAAAUUAUUCAACCAUAUUUUUUUGGUAGAAUUGUUGAUGAUGCAUUAACAUCGGAUUCUAUGCGUCCCGUUACAAAUGAUGUUCUUAUAUUAUUUGGAAUUAAUUGUAUAGGUGCUAUAGCAUCAUUUCUUCGUUCAUGGGUAUUUGAAUUAGCUGGACAGAGAGUUGUUUAUCGUCUUCGUCAAAAUAUAUUUGAUUCGAUUAUAAAACAAGAAGUUGGUUUCUUUGAUAUUACACGUACCGGUGAAUUAACAAAUCGUUUAUCGAGUGAUACACAAGUCUUACAAAAUGCAGUGACAGUUAAUAUAUCAAUGCUUCUUCGAUCUUUUCUACAAAUUGCUGGUAGUCUUGUUGUUAUGUUUUAUUUAGAAGUAUCAUUAACACUUGUUUUAAUGGUAAUUGUACCAGUUAUAAUACUUUUUUCAAGACAGUAUGGAAUUAUUGUACGAAAAUUACGAAAACAAUUUCAAGAUGAAUUAGCAGGAGCUGGAACAACAUCUGAAGAAUCAAUAUCAAAUAUUCGAACUAUACGUAUAUUUGGUGCAGAAAAAAGAAUUAGCAGUCAUUAUCACGAGAAUUUAUUAAAAUCAUAUCAAGUUGGAAAAAAAUUAGCAUUGAAUAGUGGAUUAUUUAUGGGUUUAGUUGGUUUCUUAGCAGCUGGCGGUAUUGCUCUUGUUAUGUGGUAUGGGGGAAAAUUAGUUCAUGAAAGAAAAUUAUCCACUGGAACUCUUGCUUCAUUUUUAAUGUAUUUAUUGCAAGUAGCAGUUGCAUUUGGUAUGCUAGCUUCAUUAUUUGGUGAUUUUAUGCAAGCUGCUGGUGCUAGUGAACGUUUAUUCGAUUUACUUGAUCGUAUACCAAAAAUUCCGGCAACAUCAACUCGCGAAUGUUCGAUUAAGCCAGAUGAUUUUGAUGGAAGUAUACGUGUUGACAAACUCUUUUUUACGUAUCCAACUCGAUCAGAUCAACAAGUUCUUCGUGAUAUAACAUUUGAAAUUAAAUCUGGACAAAAAGUUGCUCUAGUUGGACCAUCAGGUGGUGGUAAAAGUACAAUUGCUUCACUUAUUGAACGAUUCUAUGAUCCAGAUUCUGGAACGAUCUAUUUUGGUUCACAUCCAUUAAUAUCUAUUGAUCCAAAAUGGUUACGUGAAAAUGUUUCAUUUGUUAAUCAAGAACCUACAUUAUUUGCAUGUUCAAUACGUGAUAAUAUUACAUUUGGUCUUGAUAGAACAGAUAUUUCAUUGGAUGAGAUUCAUUCUGUUGCUAAACAAGCAAAUGCUCAUGAUUUUAUUGAACAGUUUGAAAAUAAAUAUGAUACAUUAGUUGGUGAACGUGGUGUUCGUUUAUCUGGUGGACAACGACAACGAAUAGCAAUUGCACGAGCAUUAUUAAUGAGUCCAAAGUUAUUAUUACUUGAUGAAGCAACAAGUGCACUCGAUGCUGAAAGUGAACAUUUCGUACAAGAAGCUAUUGAACGAGCAAUGAUCGAUCGUACAGUUUUAGUUAUUGCACAUCGUUUAUCAACAGUACGUAAUGCAGAUGUAGUCAUUGUUAUCAAUCAAGGUACAAUAGUUGAACAGAUGGCUGGAUUAUGUGAUGAUUGUCUUCCGUUAUCGUAUUAUUAUCAAAAACUUAAUUUAGAUAGAUUUGAAAUCAAACAAAAUCGAAAUACAAUUGCAUCGAUUGUCGCCGGAUCAUUGUUUACUAUUGGUUGGUGGUUAAUUAUUGAUGUUUGUAUACGUUAUCCAUCAAAUGACCAAUUUCAUAAGGCACUUCUUACUAUUGGAAUAAUUGCAUCGCUUGCUUUAAUCUUUGUCAACUCGAUAUCAAAUUCACGCUUUCAUGGUGAUUAUUAUCGCGAUGGAUGUAUUGGUUUAACACUAGCACGAGUUAUACUUUUUCUCUCAUUUUUAUUCGUAUUCGGCAGUGUAAUUGCUGGUGCAUGGCUUAUGAUAGCGUUAUAUAUGAUUCCAAAUGCCAAGGAUAUAUAUCCAGGUGUAGCACUUUUUAUUCAAACUUUACUUAUUUUUGCUAGUACACUUAUACUGAAAUUUGGUCGAACGGAAGAUGAUUAA